AUGACUGUAAAUGCGCAAGCUUCAUUCCCGCCGGACGUCGUUGCAGCAGCUGAAGACUUUGUCCGAUGCGAACUUGCCGCAGUGGACGCCUCGCAUGACUUUGCACACAUACAGCGCGUCCGCGCAAAUGCGCGGAACUUAGCUCAGCUGGAGGGCUUGAACGCCGGAGCCAUGGCGUUAGUAGACCUAGCCGCACUUCUUCACGAUGUCCGCGACUGGAAGUACAGCGGAAAUCACGAUGCCACCACCGAGGCUGUCACGACUUUCCUAGCUGGCCAAGGCCUUGACUCUGAAACCAUUAGCCGCGUGACCCACAUCAUCUCCAAGGUGGGAUUCAAGGAGGAGCUAGCGGGAUCCAAUGGUUCCGGAGCGGAGCCAGUGCCCGCGCUCUCCUUGGAGGCCGCCAUCGUACAGGAUGCUGACAGGUGUGAGCUCCGGAAGGGGGAACUCAGGAAACCCCUUGAACAUCGCAUACUCGACGCCAUUGGAGCCAUCGGCAUCGCGCGCUGCUUCACGUUCGGCGGCGCCAAGCACCGAGUGCUGUACGACCCGGAGGUUCCCCCACGGGAAGGGCUUAGUAAGGAGCAGUACAUGGCGGGCGGCGCACAGUCAACCACCAUUAACCACUUCUAUGAGAAGCUGCUCAAGCUCAAAGCCUUGAUGAAGACGUCUGCGGGGGCCCAAAUCGCCGCGAAACGCCACGAGUUUAUGGAGCAAUACCUGCAGCAGUUUCACAAUGAAUGGAACGGCCUCGCGUGA